UGUAAAGCUAACCCGAUUAGCUGCAGGUUGUGGACUGACCCUAAGUUACCUGGUAUAUUUAUGAAUGGGGACUUCAUGCUUGGAGGGAUUUUUGCCAUCCAUGACUCCACGAGAUUAGAGCAAAUUGCUUUCACCAUGUUGCCAUCACAGCUACAGUGCUCUGGCAUGGAUUUCAGGGAAGUGCGCUUUGCCCGUGCCAUGGAGUUCACUAUCCACGAGAUCAACAACAGAACAGAUCUUCUUCCUGGCAUCACGUUAGGAUACCAGAUAUAUGAUUCAUGCUCUUCCGUGCCCAUGUCAAUAAAAGUUGCGUUUCAGCUUGCAAACGGUUUGGAGCCGGUUUUCAAUCAGUCAGAUUCAUGUUUAAAAUCUGCAGAUUCCGCCGUUACGGCAGUGAUAGGAGAUUCUGCUUCCACACAGUCAAUCAGCAUAGCCAGAGUGCUCGGUCUUUAUGGAAUUCCACAGGUGAGUCACUACGCGACCUGCUCAUGUUUGAGUGAUAAACUGCAGUAUCCUGCCUUCUUUAGGACCAUACCUAGUGACCAACACCAAGCAGCUGCACUGGCAAAAAUGGUCAAGCUUUUUGGUUGGACGUGGAUCGGAGCGGUGCGCAGCGACACCGAUUAUGGAAAUUACGGAAUGUCAGCAUUCCUAACGGCUGCGCAAGCGGAGGGGAUUUGUGUGGAGUAUUCUGAGGCUUACUAUAGGACACAGCCACGGAGCAGAUUGGAGAGAGUGGUAGAUGUGAUCCGCAGAUCAACAGCCCGGGUUAUAAUAGCGUUUAUGGCAUCAGGUGACAUGAGACUUCUUUUAGAAGAGCUAUCCCGAGAGCCUCCACCACCACUUCAGUGGAUUGGGAGUGAAACCUGGAUCACAGAUCCUGAUUUUCUGCGGUACAACAUGUGCGCUGGCGCAAUAGGGUUUGGUGUUCCCCGGUCAGUUAUACCAGGCCUUCGUGAGUUUCUUUUAGCUCUAACUCCAGCUAAAGCAUUAGAAUCUCCCCUGUUAACAGAAUUUUGGGAAAGCUCGUUCAGCUGUUACUUUAAAGGAAGAACAGAAAAUUCAGAGGGCGCACGAGAAUGUGAUGGCAGUGAGGACAUUCACACGCUCCAGAACCCAUAUUUAGACACAUCUCAGUUGCGCAUUACUAACAUGGUGUACAAAGCAACGUAUGCCAUAGCGCAUGCCAUCCAGGGCCUCAUUUGUAAUGACACACAAUGCGACAAGAAUAUAAAAUUUUCAACAUGGCAGAUGUUGCACCAGCUUAAAAAAGUAAACUUCACAACGAAAAAUGGAUUUCAGGUCUCAUUUGACUCUAAUGGAGAUCCUCCAGCUGUUUAUGAGCUCAUAAACUGGCAGUUUAAGGAUGGGGCUUUGAAUUUUGUCACAGUGGGUCAGUAUGACUCAUUCAGACGAAGAGGACAGGAGUUCCGAAUAAAUAGAAAUAUCAGCUGGCUUGGAGGACAGAAUGAGGUGCCAGUGUCUGUGUGCAGUGAGAGCUGCCCUCCAGGCACCAGGAAAGCUGUACAGAAGCGAAGGCCUGUUUGCUGUUUUGACUGUAUUCCAUGUGCUGAAGGAGAGAUCAGCAACAAGACAGACUCAUUAGAUUGCUUGCAGUGUCUUCCUGAGUUUUGGCCUAACACCAGGCAAGACAGCUGUCUCCCCAAGCCUGUUGAGUUCCUGUCCUGGGAUGAAACUCUGGGCAUCAUCCUGAUUGUGUUCUCUGUCGCUGGGGCCUUCAUAGCAGUCUGUGUAGGUGCUGUGUUUUACAAGCACAGGGCAUCUCCUAUUGUUAAAGCCAACAACUCUGAGCUGAGCUUCCUGCUGCUCUUCUCUCUGACUCUGUGCUUCCUCUGUUCACUUACUUUCAUUGGUCAGCCCUCUGAUUGGUCCUGUAUGCUGCGUCACACAGCAUUUGGGAUCACCUUUGUCCUCUGUAUCUCCUGUGUUCUGGGGAAAACUUUAGUGGUGUUAAUGGCCUUCAGGGCUACACUUCCAGGCAGUAAUGUCAUGAAAUGGUUUGGGCCUCCACAACAGAGAAUGAGUGUGAUUUCUUUUACUCUCAUACAGGUUCUUAUCUGUGUGGUUUGGUUGAAAACAUCUCCUCCUUUCCCGUUCAAAAAUCUAAAACAUUACAAGGAAAGAAUUAUCUUGGAAUGUGGCUUAGGUUCUGCUGUAGGAUUCUGGGCUGUACUGGGAUAUAUAGGAGUCUUGGCACUUUUGUGUUUUAUCUUGGCUUUUCUGGCCCGGAAGUUGCCCGAUAACUUUAAUGAAGCCAAAUUCAUCACAUUCAGCAUGCUGAUAUUCUGUGCAGUUUGGAUCACAUUUAUUCCUGCUUAUUUUAGCUCUCCUGGAAAAUUCACUGUAGCUGUAGAGAUAUUUGCUAUUUUGGCUUCAAGCUUCGGUUUGAUUAUUUGUAUUUUUGCUCCCAAAUGUUUCAUAAUUAUUUUUAGGCCAGAUCAGAAUACCAAAAAGCACCUCAUGGGUAAAGUACCCGCUAAGGCUCUUUGA